CCAUUCUGCUUACACUACACAUCUCUGCCUCUUAAAGCACCAAAAGACGCUUCGAGCUCAAACCGCUUGUUUAUCACCUCUCCGCUGAGCGCUGAGGCGCCAUCACCAGCCCACAACAACGAAGCGAGAGGAAAACAGCUCGUCCCGCACAGCCGCAGCCAAUCAGCGGGCUGGUUUCUCUUCAGCAUCACGGAGGGAGCGAGCCAUCGGACAGACCUGAGCCCAGGCAGCGGGGAGGACAGAGACUUUGAGGCUGCGCGACGCGCAAUUAUGGCUUUGUGAAAUUGACAAGGAGGUGAAGGAUUACAUCACCAGCACAAAGAGAAAACAAAAGUCUGCUAAUCCAAGCACUGCACAGAGGGAACCAAAUUCCUGCACAAGCAUGGCAGACCAGAAAGACAACAUAGAUGACUUUAAAGUCCAGACAGCCAAGCAUUCUAACAUCAGCUCAGCCCCUUUACGGCCACACAGUGAACACUCUAAAGACCGGACAUCCAAAAGGCUUUCAACUGAUUCUAAUGGGACCAGUGAAGGAGGCAUGGGGUCGUCCACACCAGUGGAAGUGACCGCUUUGGAAGAGUCGUUUCGUCGAUUCGCCAUCCAUGGUGACACGCGUGCUACUGGCAAGGAUUUGCACGGCAAGAACUGGUCCAAACUCUGCAAGGACUGCGGCGUGAUUGAUGGCAAGAACAUCACCCUCACUGACGUCGACAUCGUCUUCAGCAAAGUCAAGAAGAAAACCUGUCGCACCAUCACAUUUGACGAGUUCAAGGUCGCACUCAAAGAGCUUGCCAGAAAGAAAUAUAAAGAAAAGACCGCAGAGGAGGCUGAGGCCGAGGUCUUCAAGCUGAUUGAGGGGAAGGCACCUGUCAUCGCUGGAGUCACGAAAGCCGUGGCUUCCCCGACAGUGAGUCGUCUCACAGACACCACCAAGUUUACAGGGUCACACAAGGAGCGUUUCGACAACACCGGCCGCGGGAAGGGUAAGGCGGGACGAGUUGACAUAGUUGACACUUCCGGAUACGUCUCAGGAUACAAACAUCAAGGGUCAUACGAAAAGAAAGUCACUAAACCUACCGAGGCCAAACCCAUGUGAGGGAGAAGAUGGGGAAAUAAACAUUUGAUCAACUACUAGGAUAAUUUUCUAUUAAAGGAGUACUCAAAGAAAGCACAAAAGAAUAGGUUUUCAUAUAUUUUUCCCACCCAUCUAUUUUAUGUGUGUGUGUGUGAGAGAGAGAGAGAGAUGUUUUUUGAGUUCCUCUCUUUGUGAAGUGUGAGAACUGGAAAACUGUUUACAUGUAUUUUUACAAAGUCAUCACCAGCUGGUACAUUCCUGUCUGAUAGCGAGUUACUGCCAAACACUGAACAAAGAGAACAAAUGAGAGAAACUGCUAUGCUAUCAAUACUGAAGCUUUGUUGUUAUGAUAGGGCCUUAUAUUAUUUAUUGAGCACAAUGAACAACAACAUGCCGAGAAAAACAGAAGUGGGACAACAGUUUGAUGAAUUAUCAACAUCGCACCUUUUAAUGGAAAUUUUUCUACUCCCAUAUUUAGACGAAUAAAUACAUUUUCAAUUUGUUUAGCGAAGUUCAAACGAUAAUUGGCACACUUUUUUGACAGAUAUUAUCCAUCUUUUUUUCUUCUGAAAACUUAAAAUUGUUAAUUCCAUCUUCAGUGUUGUUUGUCUGCCAUCCCCACUUGUCAACUGUAAGUCUUUACAAAAUCUGCUGUUGAUUUAUUUUAUAAGCUCACACUGUCAUUUGAAUAAUUUGCCUUCAGCUCAAACCAAGAAUAGGAUAUUGUUAUAUAUUAUAUAUUGUAGGAUAUAUGUUUUUGUCAAUUUACUUUACUUUUUUUUUUACUUAUGGCAUAUCUUCUGGGUUUUAUAAAUGUGCUAAACAAAGAAACAAAAAAUCCUACCAUGCAAAUUAUUGAAAUGGGUCUUCUUGUAACACUUAAACUAAAUUUAUUUAACUAAAUUUCUCUAUUUUCUCUUACACUGUCAUUAUUCAGACCCUAUACUAUCUACCUAUACACAAAACAUUUUGAUAACGCGCAUUUCGCAAUUGGUGAAUUCAGCUGAAGAAGGAAGUUCUGACCACAGCAGAUGAGCUCAGUUGUACAAGAUUGUAUUUUUAACAUUCUACUUAAAAUAGUUUAUCCUUAUCAGAUUCAUAAACAGUAGUUCUAAUAUAUUUGUGGUAAGAUUGUGUAUAUUCUAAAAAGUUUUAGCCACAUGGCUUAAUUUAUGACACUGGCUUCAUGUUUGUUUCCUGUAUUGCUGUACUUUGUGCAUGUUGUAUAUAUUGCAUUUGAUUCAGGAGCAUAUAAAUGAUCUGAGUCUGUCGUAUAUUAUUGGAACUGCGGUGCCUGCUGUGAGGACAGACUACUGGACAGACUUUUCUUGCUUAAAAAAGUAAUGAAAUUGUGGGAUCGUGAUAAAAUCUUGUAUUGCUUGAGAUCAAUAUGUAUUAACUUGUACAUGUGCAAAGUCAGCUACCUUCUAAUGCUGUUUUUGUUGAUCAAGAGUACCUUUAACAUGUGGUACUGUAUCCAAGGCACAAAUUUGACUGAACAAAAAAGCAGGGGUUUACUAUUCUAUCCUUAUAAAUACUGUAUGAGAUAAAGGGAAAAUUGCAAACAAGUAAUAUACUUUUGUAGAAUAUUUUUCCAACAUUGUGUUUUUUUCACACUUGCCACACACGACCUGUAGCCUCAGCUGAUGAAGAAUCAUGCAUCAAGAGCAAAACCAGCAGCUAUCAGUGUGUCAUAGUCUUUUGUCUGCUGCAGUAGCCUGAGUAUGAUCCGUUUUCUGUGCUUAAUGCCAAAUACUGUGCACCUUUAAUGUGGACGAACAAUAUUGUCUUUUUUUUUUUUUCUUCUUCUUCUUUCAAAUAACUUUUAAUGUGCUAUUGUGCCCCAGUGCAUGCGGUGUGUUUUUGUUCUUGUUCUUUAGACCUCUUAAUGUGUGUUCAUGAUUUGUAGUGCUUUAUUGAAAAUAAAAAAAAAAAAACACCCCAGAACCUCGGCUGAGUAGGUUACGGGGUGUCAGUCAAAAUAUUAUGUUUUAUAUUCUUAUGGCUUGUUGAGGUAUAUUGUGAAUUGUGCCAAUCGCACUGACCAGUGACCUGUAACAUUCACAUAGAAAACUGCAUUCAGUUUACUGUAUGUAGCAUCCACAUCCUAACCUGAUUUACCCUGCUCAUGUAUAUGUGUAUGUGUGUGUGUGUGUGUGUGUGUCUCUCCAGCCCUAAGGCAGAGGUAUAAAUAAAGUCACAGUGCAGCUGGAAUCUAGAUGCAUUCAUUCCACUGCAGCGUACAAAGCAGAUGGAGACAUAACUGACCUAAAAAAAGGGGGGGGGGGGGGG